AUGGCUCCCAACCCCAGCGGCUGCUGCCUGCUGUUGCUCCUCACCUGGUGUUUGGCGGGGGCCCACGCUGACCUGCUGAACCUGGGCUGGCUGUGGUCCAAUAACGUCAACCCUGCUACGACCCUCGUCCCUGAGCCCCGAGGUCAUUCGCCUGGGCAGCCCACGUCAGACGCUACCUUGUAUGUGGACCCCCGAGAUGGCUCCACGGAGCAAGCCACAGCUCCUGCCAGUCCCAAGCCACCCUGGGAGGUGCUGGAGGGCGGCCAGGAUGCUCCCACAUCUGCCACGAGCACAGACACGCAGGAGGAGAACAUCGCUGGUGUCGGAGCCAGAAUCCUGAAUGUGGCCCAGGGCAUCCGGAGCUUCGUCCAGCUGUGGGAUGACGCCACCCCCACCGGGAGCACUGCUGGAAUGGAGACACCAGCCCUCGAGGCCCCCGUGGACACCCUUGCCCUCCCUGGGCCCUCCAGCACCCCUCAGGAGAACGGGGCCACACUCUGGCCAAACAGUGGUGCUCCCAGCUCUGUGGGUGCUGGUGUGACUGAAGCUGGCACCCUGCCUGUACCCACUCAGGUGGCCCCCUCUCCAGACAGGUCCCAGGAUCCACUCCAGGGGCCUCCAGGACCAGCACUGUCCCCAGGUAGAGCGUCUCUCUCCUCCGUGCCGGUCGGGACCCCUCCCCAAGGAAGCCAGCAGUCCCCAGGGCAGCCCCAGGAUCAGGACAGCAAGGGACUCCCGCCUGGGGCAGCCAGCCCCAUCCUUCAGCACCAACUCUCUGAUGUCCGCCUGCACUCUUCGCCUCUGCACCCCCUGGUGAUGGGUUCUCUGGGCACACAUGCUGGCCCCUCUGCUUGGUCCUCUGCACCCCAGGGCAGACUGUCUCAGAUAGCACUCACGGCUUUGAUUGGGGCCGGGGGUGCUUGGGCUUCUCACUCUGCUGACUCCGUAGGGCCAAGUCUUGCCAAUGACUCUGCCCUGUUUGGGGCUGGCCUCUUGCCGCCUGCUGGCCGCUGCCUGCCUCUGCCACCCUCCCUGUUGGUCUGUGGCCGCCUGGGUAUUGGGAGCGCCUGGUUGCCCAACCACCUCCACCACGGGAGCAGUGAGGAAGUGCGAGUGGCUGCACGGGUGUGGGAGGCCUUGCUGCAGACGCACUGCCACCCCUUCCUCACCUGGUUUUUCUGCCUGCUACUGGCUCCCCCAUGUGGCCGUGCCCCGCUGCCCGCCCCACCACCCUGCCGCCAGUUCUGUGAGGCCCUGGAGGAUGCGUGCUGGAGCCACCUGGAAGGGGGCCGGCUGCCCGUCGCCUGCACCUUGCUGCCAACCCAGGAGGAUGGGCACUGUGUGUUCAUUGGGCCGGCUGCAGAGCACAUGGGUGAGGAGGUGGGGCUUCUGCAGCUCUUUGGGGAGCCACCACCCCUGCACAUCACCCAGAUCGAGGACCGCGACGUGGGGUCAGCCUAUGUCUUCGGACCAGAUGCCAACAGUGGCCAGGUGGCCCGGUACCACUUCCCCAGCCCCUUCUUCCGUGACUUCUCACUGCUGUUCCAUGUCCGGCCAACCACAGAGGGUGCAGGGGUACUGUUCGCCAUCACAGAUGCAGCGCAGGUGGUGGUCUCUCUGGGUGUGAAGCUCUCUGGGGUGCAGGAUGGACACCAGCACAUCACCCUGCUUUAUACGGAGGCGGGUGCUAGCCAGACCCACACGGCAGCCAGCUUCCGCCUACCCGCCUUCGUCGGCCAGUGGAAGCGCUUUGCACUCAGUGUGGAUGGUGGCUCUGUAGCACUCUAUGUGGACUGCAAGGAGUUCCAGAGAGUGCCACUGGUCCGGUCCUCACAUAGCCUAGAGCUGGAGCCUGGUGCCGGUCUCUUUGUGGCCCAGGCAGGAGGAGCGGACCCUGACAAGUUCCAGGGGAUGAUUGCAGAGCUGAGGGUGCGCAGGGACGCCCAGGUGAGCCCCCUGCACUGCCUGGAGGAGGAGGACGAUGACUUGGAUGAGGCUUCUGGAGACUUUGGCAGCGGGCUGGAGGGGACCCGAGAGCUUCUCAGGGAGGAGACGAGCGCAUCCCUAAAACCCAGCCUCCCCAAGCCUCCCCCUGUCACUUCUCCACCCUUGGCUGGAGACGGCAGCACAGAAGAUUCUAGGAUGGAUGAAAUUGAGGAAGAAACCACAGUGGCUACGUUAGGAGCUCAAACCCUUCCUGGCUCUGAUUCCAUGAGGGAUGGGAGUGUCCGGAGCCCUGGGAACAGCCUGAAAGAGGGAGGCCUGAAGGGGCAGAAGGGAGAGCCGGGUAUUCCGGGCUUGCCUGGCCGCACUGGUCCCCCGGGCCCUCCAUGCUCCAUUGGUCCCCCAGGACUCCCGUGCCCAUUCAGUCCCUGGGGUCCAGAAGGCCCCAUCAGUCCCCAGGGCCCCUCAGGUCCAAAUGCACAACCUGUCCCUGGGCCACAGGGACCCCCGGGAUUGCCAGGGAAGGACGGUGCCCCAGGAAGAGACGGCAAGCCGGGGGACGCUGGCGAGGAUGGAAAACCCGGUGACACUGGGCCACAGGGCUUCCCGGGGACCCCGGGAGACAUUGGCCCCAAGGGUGAGAAGGGAGAUCCUGGGGUCGGGGCAAGAGGACCCCCAGGACCUCAAGGGCCUCCAGGGCCCCCAGGACCCUCCUUCAGACAUGACAAGCUGACCUUCAUUGACAUGGAGGGCUCUGGCUUUGGUGGUGACCUGGAGACACUGCGGGGCCCUCGAGGCUUCCCCGGCCCCCCCGGACCCCCUGGUGUCCCAGGUCUGCCGGGCGAGCCUGGCCGCUUCGGGGUGAACAGCUCUGACAUCCCAGGACCCGCAGGGCUUCCUGGUGUGCCCGGGCGGGAUGGAGCCCCUGGGUUUCCUGGCCCCCCGGGACCCCCUGGUCCUCCAGGAAGAGAGGGGCCCCCCGGAAGGACUGGGCAGAAAGGCAGCCUCGGUGAAGCAGGUGCCCCCGGACCCAAGGGAAGCAAGGGAGACCCCGGCCUUGCUGGUGUUCCUGGGGAGAGUGGCCUUGCAGGAGCUCCUGGACCCACUGGACCACCAGGCCCCCCUGGACCCCCUGGGCCCCCAGGACCAGGAUUCGCUGCUGGAUUUGAUGACAUGGAAGGCUCCGGGGGACCCUUCUGGUCGACGGCCCGAGGCUCCGAUGGGCCACAGGGACCACCUGGCCUGCCAGGACUCAAGGGGGAUCCUGGGAUUCAUGGACCUCCAGGGGCCAAGGGAGAAGUUGGAGCAGAUGGCGCCCCCGGGUUUCCCGGCAUCCCUGGCAGAGAGGGCCCUUCUGGGCCCCAGGGACCAAAAGGAGAGAGAGGAAGUCAGGGAGAAAAAGGCGACGCAGGGAAGGACGGAGUGGGACAACCGGGCCUCCCUGGACCCCCCGGACCUCCAGGACCUGUGGUUUACGUGUCAGAGCAGGACGGAACUGUCCUGAGUGUGCCAGGACCCGAGGGCAGGCCAGGAUUUGCAGGCUUUCCUGGACCCGCAGGCCCCAAGGGCGACUCUGGCUCCAAAGGCGAGCGGGGCUCCCCAGGACCCAAGGGUGAGAAGGGGGAGCCCAGCAGCAUCUUUGGCCCCGAUGGCAGCAUCCUGGCCCCAGCCCAGAAAGGAGCCAAGGGAGAGCCAGGCUUCCGAGGACCCCCGGGCCCCUAUGGACGACCUGGGUACAAGGGAGAGAUUGGCUUUCCCGGACGGCCGGGUCGUCCCGGGGUGAAUGGACUGAAAGGAGAGAAAGGGGAGCCAGGAGACGCCAACCUUGGAAUUGGCAUGAGGGGACUGCCUGGUCUCCCAGGGCCUCCAGGACCCCCAGGCCCUCCAGGGACUCCUGUCUACGACAGCAAUGCAUUUGUCGAGUCCAGCCACCCUGGGCCUCCGGGAUUGCCAGGGUACCAGGGCCCUCCAGGACCAAAGGGCGAGAAAGGAGAAGUGGGCCCACCCGGACCACCAGGGCAGUUCCCGUUCGACCUCCUCCGCUUGGAGGCUGAAAUGAAGGGAGAGAAGGGGGACCGAGGGGCUGCAGGACAGAAAGGCGAGAGGGGUGAGCCCGGAGCUGGUGGGUUUUUCGGCUCCAGCGUGCCCGGUCCCCCUGGCCCUCCAGGACCACCAGGCUAUCCUGGAAUUCCGGGUACCAAGGGAGAGAGCAUCCGGGGUCAACCUGGCCCACCUGGACCUCAAGGACCCCCCGGCAUUGGCUAUGAGGGACGCCAGGGCCCUCCUGGUCCCCCCGGCCCCCCUGGCCCCCCUUCAUUCCCUGGCCCUCACAGGCAGACCAUCAGCAUUCCUGGGCCCCCAGGCCCACCUGGCCCCCCCGGACCCCCUGGAACCAUGGGUGCCUCCGCAGGAGUACGCAUCUGGGCCACACGUCAGGCCAUGCUGGACACGGUGCACGAGGUGCCUGAGGGAUGGCUACUCUUCGUGGCUGAGCGGGAGGAGCUCUAUGUGCGAGUGCGCAACGGCUUCCGCAAAGUCCAGCUGGAGGCCCGGACGCCACUCCCACGAGGGACAGACAAUGAAGUGGCAGCCCUGCAGCCCCCCGUGGUACAGCUACAUGACAGCAACCCAUACCCCCGGCGGGAACACGCUCAUUCCACCGAGAGGCCCUGGCGGGCAGAUGACAUCCUGGCCAGCCCCCCUCAUCUGCCUGACCCCCGGCCUUACCCCGGAGUAUCACACCACGGCUCCUACAUGCACCUGCGACCAGUGCGUCCCACGGGCUCCCCCGCCCAUACCCACCAGGACUUCCAGCCAGUGCUGCACCUAGUGGCACUCAACAGCCCACUGUCAGGUGGCAUGCGUGGAAUCCGUGGGGCCGACUUCCAGUGCUUCCAGCAGGCGCGGGCCGUGGGGCUGGCAGGAACCUUCCGAGCCUUCCUGUCCUCACGGCUGCAGGACCUCUACAGCAUUGUGCGGCGUGCCGACCGCGGGGCCGUGCCCAUUGUCAACCUUAAGGAUGAGGUGCUGUUUCCCAGCUGGGAGGCCCUGUUCUCAGGCACCGAGGGCCAGCUGAAGCCCGGGACCCGCAUCUUCUCCUUCGAUGGCAAGGACGUCCUGCGGCACCCUGCCUGGCCCCAGAAGAGCGUGUGGCAUGGCUCGGACCCCAGCGGGCGUAGGCUGACUGAGAGCUACUGUGAAACAUGGCGGACAGAAUCCCCUGCAGCCACGGGCCAGGCCUCCUCGCUGCUGGCAGGCAGGCUCCUGGGUCAGAAAGCCGUAGGCUGCCACCAUGCCUACAUCGUGCUCUGCAUCGAGAACAGCUUCAUGAUAGCCUCCAAGUAGGCCUGCCACCUGGAUGCCGACAGCAGAGAGGACAGGUGGGGGCAGAUGAAGCCCCCUAGCGGGCAGGGCACCCUGGCCAGCACCCCAGGGCCUGGCUGGGAUACUGUCCUGUAUAGCUCACAUUUCAUGUAAUCCUCAAGAAAUAAAAGGAAACCAAAGAGUGUAUUUUUUUAAAAGUUUAAAA